CCGGGCGGGCCGGCCUGGUUGUCAUGAGAGCGGCGGCCGCGGCCGGGGCAACAGGCGCAGGCGGCCGGGGCUGCUCCUCGGCUGCCACCACCGCUGCGGCUUGGGGGUGCCGGCCGGCCCGGGUCGGCGGAGGAGGCGCCUCCUGAGCUCCGCCGAGGCGCGGCGCUGCCGAGGGCCGGCGGAGAGCCCGGGUCGUGCGGACGUCCUGACAGCCCCAGCGUGCACAAUGCCCCACAAGAUCGGAUUCGUGGUUGUCAGCUCAUCUGGACACGAAGACGGCUUCAGUGCCCGGGAACUAAUGAUCCAUGCACCGACUGUCAGCGGGUGGAGGUCACCGAGGUUUUGCCAGUUUCCACAAGAAAUUGUUCUUCAAAUGGUGGAGAGAUGUCGAAUAAGAAAACUACAGUUGCUUGCUCAUCAGUAUAUGAUUUCCAGUAAAAUCGAGUUCUACGUUAGUGAGAGCCUGCCUGAGUAUUUCGCACCGUAUCAAGCAGAGCGGUUUCGAAGGCUUGGCUACGUCUCUCUCUGUGACAAUGAAAAGACAGGUUGCAAAGCCCGGGAACUGAAAUCGGUGUAUGUGGAUGCAGUAGGACAGUUUCUUAAGCUGAUUUUUCACCAAAACCAUAUCAACAAGUACAAUGUGUAUAAUCAGGUUGCUUUGGUGGCAAUAAAUAUCAUUGGAGACCCUGCAGAUUUCAGUGAUGAAAGCAAUAUUACCUCUAGAGAGAAGCUGAUUGAUCAUUAUCUAGGGCACAACACAGAGGACCCAGCUCUCGAAGGAACUUGUUCUGGGAAGUCUGACUAUAUUUCCCCACUAGAUGACUUGGCCUUUGACAUGUACCAGGAUCCGGAAGUGGCACAGAUUAUCCGCAGGUUAGAUGAAAGGAAGCGCGAGGCGGCCCAGAGGGAGCGCUACGACGACGCCAAGACGCUCAAGCAGGCCAUCGCCGACCUGCAGAAGGUCGGGGAGCGGCUGGGCAGGUACGAGGUGGAGAAGCGCCGUGCCGUGGAGAAGGAGGACUACGACCUGGCCAAGGAGAAGAAACAGCAGAUGGCGCGCUACCGCAGCCAGGUGUACGGGCGGCUGCAGCUGCACGGGCUGGUGGACGCCGAGCUGAUACGAAGGCCUCUGGACUUGCCCCUCCAGCCCCUGGUCCGUUCCAACAGCCCUCGCCACCAGCAGCCCACGCUCUCACUGCCACAGCCAGAAGAAAGGGGGACAGAAAACCAGUUUGCAGACCCUUUCCUUCAGGAGAAGGCUUCAUCGCAUCCCCUGGACAUUUCUCCUCAGCAUUGCGUGGUGGACCGGUCACCCCCCGCCGCAGGUCCCCCUCCCAAGGCCCAUCUCGAGUCCCUGCCCUACGAUGAGCGGCCCCUUCCCGCGACCCGCAAGCAGCCUGGGGCAGUGGCCACGGAGCCAGAGACGAGGGACACGGACAGCAGCGAGCCUCCCAGAGCGGGCACCAUGGGCGAGCCUGAGCCUCUAACAGAGAAGGCCUUGCGCGAAGCCAGCUCCGCCGUGGACGUGCUGGGAGAGGCCUUGGUGGCCGGGGCCUAUUCCAAAACAUGGUCGCACCGGGAGGACGCGCUGCUCGCCCUGUAUAAACAGCUGAUGGAUGCACCGGCAGCAACCCCAAAGGAAGACCUGAAGAGCACGCUGAGGGCAGCCGUAUUCCUCACCAGGAGAGCUGUCCGAGACAUCGUGACCCCAGUCUUUCAGGCAUCUUUGAAAUUGUUGAAAAUGUUAAUCACACAAUAUAUUCCUAAACAUAAACUGGGUAAGCUUGAAACAACUCACUGUGUGGAAAGGACCAUUCCUGUUCUGCUCACGAGAACUGGAGAUUCUUCUGCUCGCCUCCGUGUUAUAGCUUCCAAUUUUAUUCAGGAAAUGGCCUUGUUCAAGGAAGUGAAGUCUCUCCAGCUUAUCCCAUCUUACCUCGUCCAGCCAUUAAAAGCCAACUCCUCGGCUCACCUGGCCAUGAGCCAGAUGGCGCUGCUGGCCCGGCUGCUGCGGGACCUGGGCACAGAGGGCAUGGGCUUCACCGUGGACAGCGUGAUGCGGUUCGCAGUGCGGGCCCUGGAGCACAGGGAGCACAAGGUGCGGGAUUCGGCGGUGGGGAUGAUCCUGGACCUGUACGCGCAGCACCGGGCUCUGGUCCUCGAGUGCCUCCCUCCCGAGGAGAGUGCCACCCGCAGGAGCGUCCUCUAUAAGACACUUUUUGAGGGAUUUGCUACGAUAGACGGCAGACCUACAGAUGCUGAAAUUAGGGCACAGAAAAGAGCGGCUACAGAAGAAGCAGAAAAACGCAAGAAAGAAGAAAUUAAAGCUUUACAAGGGCAGUCGACAACACUAAAGGAGAUGCAAGCUGAAGUCCAGGGAGAAGAGCGUGAGGCUGCGAAGGCCGAGAGCCAGGACACUCAAGGAAGGAAAGCGGCCCCAUCUAAUGCUCCAGAAAUUCCAGAUAAUCACUAUUUAGAUAAUUUAUGCAUUUUUUGUGGGGAGAGGAGCGACUCCUUCACAGAAGAAGGCCUGGAUCUCCAUUACUGGAAGCACUGUCUUAUGCUGACGAGAUGUGACUACUGCAAACAGGUGGUGGAGAUUUCCAGCCUGACGGAGCACCUGCUGACGGAGUGUGACAAAAAGGACGGCUUUGGGGAGUGUUACCGCUGCAGUGAGGCCGUUUUAAAGGAAGAGCUGCCCAGACACAUAAAAACGAGAGACUGCAACCCUGCCAAAGCGGAGAAGCUGGCGAACCGGUGUCCUCUGUGCCACGAGAAUUUCACCCCCGGAGAAGAGGCGUGGAAGGCCCACCUCAUGGGCCCCGCGGGCUGCACAGUGAACCUGCGCCGGACGCACGUGCUACGCAAGGUGCCCACGCUGCCGCCAGGUAAAGGCCCAGCCGCAACCAAGUCAGGGACCUCGGGAUCCAAGGUCGGAAGCAAGAUCCCCACCCCCAAGGGGGGCCUGAGUAAAAGCUCCGGCAGGACGUACACAAAGCGGUGA